UUCUGAUCCAUCUACUAAUCUUUUAAUAGCUAUAAAUCUCUGGAACAGGGUUCUACAAGGAAAAUUAGAGCUUAUUAAAUUAAAAAAAAUAGCCAUUCGUUAUUUUAACUGUGUCCCAGGAACUUGUCUUGGCCCUCCUUUCGAGAAAAAGAUCUCUUCGAAUGGAAGCAGCAGAGGACAGACCAGGCUCUCGUGUUUGCUCACAGCUUUGCAAAGAUGUGCAGACAGACACUUGGACAGAUUCAAAAGAAGGGAUAUCAAGCUCUAUGGGCGACAUUACAGCUAUGGAUGAACAGAAUGAAGGAUUACUGAAGAUUAUAAAAGUGGAAGAACAUGAAGGUUGCCUUGGUCAAGGAACAUCAAGCUCUUCGGGGAAUGACGUCCCUGUGGACCAACAUGUUAAAGAAGAGCCUGAAAAUGAUGAUGAAUACCUCUACUGUGAGAAUUGCAAGUCCUUCUUCAUCAACAAGUGCGAGUUUCAUGACCCAGCUGUUUUCAUUCCUGAUACCCCUGUUCCAGUGGGGGUCACCGAUCGAGCCAGACGGACCCUUCCACUUGGUCUGGAAGUUCGACAGUCUAAUAUUUCUGGUGCAGGCUUGGGCGUGUUUAAUAAGGGGGAAACUGUUUCAGUUGGUGUGCAUUUUGGGCCAUAUGAGGGAGAGCUGGUAGACAGAGAGGAAGCCAUCAACAGUGGCUACUCCUGGGUGAUAUACAGAAGACAAUGUGAGGAAUAUAUAGAUGCUAAGAAAGAGAUUUAUGCUAACUGGAUGAGGUAUGUGAACUGUGCUCGUAAUGGUGAAGAACAGAAUCUUGUCGCAUUCCAGUAUCGAGGAGGGAUUCACUACCGUUGCUGUCAACCCAUCAAACCAGGCCAGGAGCUCUUGGUGUGGUACGGAGAGGAGUACCCCAGAGAUCAUGGCCUUGAAUUCAGCUGCCUCUGGAACAAAAAGUCUUCCAUAAAUGAAAUGAAAGAUGCAAGUCUGGUGCAAGUCUUCUCCUGUUCCCGGUGUCACCUUUCUUAUACAUCACAAAUGUAUCUUCAGAAACACAUCAGAAGAAGCCACUGGAAAGAGGAUUUGAUGGAUUUGCAAAGAAGAAGUGCUGAUAAUCAGCAAACACUUUCUGGUUCUCUUCACGCUGUUCCUGGACGAGAGCAGGAAGAAGUCGAAGUUGAUUACUGUUCAGAUUGCGGGAAGCGUUUUCCUCACCCAGGUGAUUUCCAAACACACCAGUGUGUUCACGCAGAAGAAAACCUGUAUAAUAGCUCAUGGUAUAGAGAAAGUUUUACUCACCAGAGCAAUCUGCAAGUACACCAGGACAUUCCUGUAGGAGAGAAACCGUACCACUGCUCAGAGUGUGGGAAGAGUUUUGCUUUCCAUACUACCCUACAAAUCCAUGAGCUCGUUCACACUGGGGAGACGCCAUAUCGUUGCUCGCAGUGUGGGAAGAGUUUUAGACAACAGAGCAAUCUCCAAACACACCAGCGCAUUCACACGGGAGUGAAGCCCCAUCACUGCACACAGUGUAAGAAGAAUUUUAGACGAAAAAGCCACUUGAAAAUGCACCUACGCAUCCACACCAGAGAGAAGCCAUAUUGUUGCUCAGAGUGUGGCAAGAGUUUUGUAUACCAGAGUUCUCUUCAUAUGCACCCAUGCGUUCACGAAAGAGAAAAGCCGUAUCGAUGCGCCCAUUGCAGGAAGAGUUUUACUCAGCAGAAUCAUCUCAAGGCACAUGAACGCAUACACACUGGAGAAAAGCCAUACCACUGCUUACAGUGUGGGAAAAGUUUCGCGCGACAAAGUAAUCUCCAAGCACACCAGCGCAUUCACACUGGAGAGAAGCCGUAUCACUGCUUACAAUGUGGCAAGAGAUUUACCCGACAAGGCAAUCUCCAAGCACACCAACGCAUUCACACAGGAGACAAGCCGUAUCACUGCUCACAGUGUGGGAAGAGUUUCACCCGACAAAAUCAUCUCCAAACCCACCAGCUCAUCCACACGGGAGACAAGCUGUAUCACUGCUCCGAGUGCGGCAAGAGCUUUGCUUUUCAGCGUAAUCUCGAAAUACACCAGCGCACUCACACAGAAGAAAAGCCGUUCCGCUGCUCAGAAUGUGGGAAGAGUUUUGCUCACCAGAGCAAUCUCCUCAGGCACCAACAUAUUCAUACAGGAGAGAAGCCGUAUCGUUGCUUGGAGUGUGGGAAGAGUUUCACUUACCACAACAAUUUACAAAUACACCAGCGCAUUCACACAGGAGAGAAGCCAUAUCAUUGCUCGCAAUGUGGAAAGAGUUUUGCUCAUCAUGGCGCUUUCCAUGUCCACCAGCGUCUUCACACAGGAGAGAGGCCGUUUCAUUGCUUGCAAUGUGGAAAGAAUUUUACUCAUCAGAGUCAUCUCCGACAGCACCAGCUCAUUCACACGGGAGAGAAGCCGUAUUGCUGUUCACAGUGUGGGAAGAGUUUUAGACGGCAGACUAAUCUCCAGAUACACCAGCGCAUUCACACAGAAGAGAAGCUGCAUUGUUGCUCUGAGUGUGGAAAACGUUUUACCCGAAAAAGUACUCUCCAAACACAUCGGCGCACUCACACCGGAGAGAAGACUUAUAUCUGCUUACAGUGCGGGAAGAGCUUUCCUUAUGAAAGUCAUCUUCAAGUCCACAGGCGCGUACAUACCGGAGAGAAGCCGUAUCACUGCUCACAGUGUGAGAAGAGUUUUUCUCACCAGGGUCAUCUCCAAGCUCACCAGCGCAUUCACACAGAAGAGAAACCGCAUCACUGCGCACAAUGUGGGAAAUGUUUUAGUCGAAAGGGCACUCUCCAACUGCACCAACGCAUUCACACAGGAGAAAAGCCAUUUCAUUGUUUACAGUGUAGAAAGAGUUUUAGACGACGGAGUCAUCUCCAAAUACACCAACGCAUUCACACGGGAGAGAAGCCGUAUCACUGCUCAGAGUGUGGAAGGAAAUUCCCACAUUCAAGUACACUAAAGACGCACAAGUGUGUUCCCAUGGAGCCAUCAGUAACUGUGCUUGUAUGAACACCAGAUAACUUCCUGGGGUGGUGCUUGUAUCACCUGGGUUCCUGUUUGUAUGUACACAUCAAGAUUUUCCAGCAAUGUCACAAAGUGACCAUAAUGUAUUCUUUGCUAUGAAUCCUGUUUUCCUACAUCUCUGGAACUUUCUGUUCAUGUUCCAUCUGGAUUGGUAGUACUUCAGAUGACACGGAACCCAACCAUUUAUCUUGUGCUCAUAAAAUCAUGGUUAUAUGUUACAAGCAUCAUAUUUCACCCUUCCUAACCUUCAUGGGUGGUGAAUAUUACCUGGGUUACAUAUUCCAAGUCUGAAAAGGUGUGCAGAGAUGAUCACCACACUCACACCCUUAAGAGGGGUGAUGUAUAAUCUGUAGAAAAAUACCUGGGCACCUUGUAAAGUGGCAAGUUUCCAUAGGGGCCAGACGUCUGGCCUGCCUUUAGGCCAUGACCCAGGUGUGAGCUGAUAAUUUUAAUCACAUCUGUCCAGUCUGCAUAGUACCUCAGGGGGGAGUACUGGAUAUAACAAGGAACAAAAUGUAGUUUCAUCCUCGGAAGUCACUGUAAGGUCAAUUGAUUGGUUAACAAAGUGUGGUAAUGUAAGCUUGGGCAAAAAAAAAAAAAAAAGGUCAGCCACAUGGUCACCCUCAGAUCAGUUGGCCAUCCACCAAGGCAAACUUAACUCCAAGUCAUACAGUUUUUACUUUUUUGACAAGUCCUUUUAGAGGCAGUUAUUUCAGUUCAGCAUCUUGCAGGGGUUCAUAAGAAUAAGGACUCCAGUAGGAGGAGAUACCAUGUUGAGCUCUUAGGGUUCAUAUACACGUUUAGCAUAGACUGGGACUUUCUGCUGUUCCUGGAGGAAGGCUAGUAACCUGGCAGUGCACUGUAUCCAAACGGUGCAUACCAUUCAAGGGGUAAUUUACAUUUAAGAGUAUACAAGGAUCAUGUAGUAGAUGUUCUGCCCUUCAGGAGUGUUUCCUGACUGCUUGGUUGCAGUCCUCAACUACACUUCACCAUGAAGUUCAAACCCACAGCCAUAGAUACCUUAGUUAAAUGCCAAAUCUCUGAACCAUUCUUUUGGGACAAAAGGUCUGCUCAGGGAUGACAUCUUAAGGUCUUUGUGGCAUUUUCAGUUUUAGUGAUAGAAAUGCAUAAAGUAGACCAUUGGUGAGCCAGUACACCCUGUCCCAUUGCCUGUGGCGACUAUGCCCAUACCAAGCAGACUCCAUUAUUGAGGACAGUCCAGUGUCUCAAGCUUACUAGAGCCUGUGCCCUUUUCACUGAGACAAGGACAUGAUCUGAUGUGGUGUUGGGGAUUUAGCCAAUGAUAACCCACUUCUGGAAGUCCAAUUCCAACAGGUCCAAAGUGGCUGCUGUCAGGGUUUCUGGGUUCCUCAACAGAAUCUCAGACCACAUAUAGUGACCUACCUGGAAUUGUUUGGCAAGGGUGAUUAUGUCUGCCACACAUCGGAUGACAGGGUAAUUAGAAAUCUCAAUAAACAACCUCAUGGUAAUUAAUUCUUUUAUCUGUUUCAGUGUGAGGGAGCUCUUUUCUGAGUUCACCAUAACACCAAGCACUCACUUGUAUGUCAAAUAUCCUGGAUGGACAUCUUGUAUGUUCUCUUGUGACAUGUUGGAGCCAGUUAUCUAAAUACUGUACUGUAGUAUCAUGAUUCCUCUGACCAUCAGAAUUUGGCAGGACUGUCAAAAACUGUUUAGAGUCUUGGUGAAUGGGGGCAGCCAGGUGCCUGUUAUGGACCUGAGAGUGGAAUUCUGUCCAUUUUAGGGCUUGUUAGUGUUCAACAGUGUACAUGUGGUAGGUGAAACAGAGAUGGUGUGCGGUGACAGCACAUAAAGAUGCUGCGUGGUUUGUAUUCCCAGGCCUGCAGGUCAUGAGCCAUAGAUAAAGUGCCAUGUGAAAAACUCAGAGCACCAGUGGGGAUCCUAUCAGGCAAGGAAUGUAGAGGUGACUGCCAUACUGAAAAAUAGCAAGUUUGUAACUAGCUGUGGACAAGGUAGUAAGUAAUAGCAUGCUAAAGAGAAAACCCAAUACAAGCCACAGGAGUUUUGUCCUGAAGAAUUGUGAAAAUUACACUCACCACAAGCGAAGAAAUGAUGGAAGAUGACCAGAGACUAUUACCAGCUCUAUAAGGUGGAAGAUUAUACAGUCACUUUGACUUUUUGAAAGGUCUUGGCAUGCAUGUGCAUAUGAAUGCAUACUGCCCCUUGUGGUUAGGAGGAGUAAGAUAGACUUCACUUUGCUGUUGAAUUCUUGAAAAUUUGAUGACUGGCUUCACAUGACUUUAAGGGAGCAUGUAUUAGCAUUUACAUUCCCUGGUCUCUAGCUAUCACACAAUGCCUGUAAUUAGCCAGUAGGUAGGAAUUUGGCAAUGACUAAUUUAGUACAAAAUUGGGUAAAACUUGUUCUGUUUUAUUGUAUUUAAUAUUUCAAUAAUAUUGAAUUUAAAAAUAAAUAUUUAGUACUACAGUAUGUGACUAUUUCAUGAUGAAUAUCUUUCUUUUUAGUCUGAGGAUGGAUAAGUUAGGGGCUUGAAUCCAAGAGCUGUUGGAAGAAGAAAGAAGAAACCUUUAUUUGUCACAUGCACACUUCAAGCACAGUGAAAUUCAUCCUCUGCAUUUAACCCAUCUGAAGCAGUGAACACACGCACUCAAAGCAGUGGGCAGCCACACCAGAGCGCCCGGGGAGCAGUCGGGUUAGGUACCUUGCUCAAGGGCACCUCAGCCCAAGGCUGCCCCACAUCACCCUAACUGCAUGUCUUUGGAUUGUGGGGGAAACCGGAGGAAACCCACGUAGGCACGGGGAGAACAUGCAAACUCCACACAGAAAGGCCCUCGCCAGCCACUGGGUUCGAACCCAGAAUCUUCUUGCUGUGAGGCGACCGUGCUAACCACUACACCACCGUGCCACUCCUAUGGUUGUGUCCAUUUCGUUUUUUCAGAAGGCUAAGUGGUUCCUGUGGCGUCCUCUCCACAGUGGCAGUUGGACCACUCCCAAUGCCAUGCUACUGGAACAUUGGGGGAACCAAAGUAUUUUUUUUUCAAGACACCAUCUCAGUUUGUCAACCAAGACUAAAGAGCCCUUCCUCCCCAUGAGACACGGUUAUCCCCUACCGGAUGCCAACCCGGUAUUUCUAGACCAUGGGGUAACUGGGGUAAAAUUGAACUACUCUUUGUCUGGCCUCUUCCCUUCGACCUGUCUGGCUUGGGUGGCCCUACUAGGAGUGAUAGCUCCCAUCAGCAUAGCUGUCAGGAUCAUCAAGAUACACAAGGCCCUCCACCACAACAAGGUGGUAGUCCACAGAGGGCUAAAUAAAUCUUAAUACGGGCAUAUCUAAGUUGCGAAAUGACCCUUAUGUACACUGAAUGAACAUAGAGUAUCCUUCAUCUGGUGUAUGCCACUGUUUUUGUUCUCAUUGCGCUAUUCUUCAUGCAGUUAAUCACAAGGUUUUAACAGCAUUGUAGCAAAGACCAUUACUGUAGUCGCUUGGCCAUGAAAAAAUGAUUGCGGAAGUUCUAGUUACACUGAAGUAAAGAUACAGCCGUUCUUUGUAUUCAGGUCACAGUGUACGAACUGCUUAUUAAAUACAGCAAAACUUUCAUACAGUAACUUGAGGACAAUGAUUGGUUUUGUUAUUUUGGAGCAGUAGCCACUCUGAAGCAAGAACAAAACCAGUUGUUGGAAACAAGUUCAUGUAUGAGUUCAGAAAUCGACACUGAAAUCAUAUUUCUCUAUUAUUUAUUAUCGAUAACAGCCAGACUGGACUCUUAAAUAAAGUUCAGGACUGUACCUUUCAGGGAACAUCAGCUUGUCACUGGGGCAGUACCCUCUAAGGUACUUAUUUGUACCCUUUAUAUACUGCUUGUGAACAUAUAAGUACCUUUUUGGCCCUUUAAAGGUACGCAUAGUUACCCCCAAGGCCCAAGAGGGUAUGUUAAUGUAGAUUGUACCUUGGAGGACAGAAAUGGACUCCUACUGUAUCCCUAUUUCUGACAGUGUGGACUCAAAGCCAAGAUAUAUUGGACACAGUGGUACCAGUCUUGGCUUUUAUUAUGUACCCAUGUGUAAGUCAUGUGAGGAUUUUUUUUCUUUCUUUCUUUUCCAUGGUACCUCAGUGAAAACAGAAAUACCACUUACUGAGUGCUGUUGACCUUCAGCUCCAGGUUGCUGUAUUUACAGUUUAAACUGGAUUAGGCCCUCAUAGUCCUAUUAAUAUACCCUAAUACAUACACACACUCACGCAAGUAUGUAGUUGUGUGGAUGCGCAUCAAGGCUAUCUGUCAUGUCAUGUAAUUGCAUCUUUGGGCAAUCACGAUGAGGCACUGAUAUUGGCUAAUCAGACUGAUUGAUUUGUUUCUUCAUGCACAUAAAGUGUCUCUCAUUUCCUGUACAACCACUAACACGGUUCUUCACCAUUCACACACAUUCUCACACUGCAACCUACAGAUGUCAGUAUCUUGCUUCCAGUCAGAAGAACACACUUUGCUUUGUGCAGUUUAUACUGUGCUGCCAUAAUGCCAG